AUGCCUCCCCGUGACUGGAUAACAGUGAAUUUUGAUGGUUCGGUGCAUGACAAUAUGGCUGCUACUAGUUUUGUGAUUCGGGACUGGAAUGGUAACGUUAGGCUUGCGAGAGCUAAGAACUUGGGGCAGGUCUUGAUCAAUGUGGCAGAGUGUUUGGCUAUUCGGGAUGGCCUGGCCCACGCCAUCAACAAUGGUUGGCGUAAAGUUUUAAUUGAAGGUGACUCCAAGCUCGUCAUUGACUGUAUCAAUAACAAAGUUUCGGUUCCUUGGAGCAUUCGUCUCUUGGUUCAAGACAUAAGGCUGCUUAGCUCCUAUUGUGAAGAGAUUUCCUUCCACCAUGUUUUUCGGGAAGCAAACUUUACGACUGAUGCUUUAGCUAAUUUAGGCCAUAUUUUGAACCCUUCCCACCUUUAG